AUGUUUUUAUCUUCGAAGUGAGUUGGGAAUUGUUGGAAUUCGGAAACUUGAGAUUUUCGUGUUCAGUUCGAGCUGAAACUAAAAAAAUAAUGUUUUUGCAGUGAUCAAAAUAAAAAACUAAAACUAUCGGCAAGACCGAAAAAUAAGAAAAGUGACACAAAACGAAAAGAUGUUCGUGACAAAGGCGAACGCGAAAAGGAGAAAGAUCAGCAGGAAAUGACAAUGCAACUACCAUCAGAUCGUCACAAUGCAAAAACGAAAAAGAAGAAGUCGAAAAUUCAUCAUGCUCAACAAGCCGAAUCCACUUUGCCUCCUCUAACCCAACAAAAAUCCGAGCAAGGAAUCAAUGUUCUUGGGCAAAGUACGAGUAUGACGAAGUUGUCGAAGAAGCCGUCGAGUAAUUUUUUAAGUGCAAAAGACAAGCAAGAGUUAUCGGAAGUUAAGAAGAAACAUUCGUCCCUUGAAACCCUGCCACCAACUGCGCCAACUCCGAAAUUGGAGAAAAAAGAGGAAAAAUGGGCAGGUGAAGAGGCUGCGUUGCUAUUCAUUGAUAAAAUUGGUAUGUUCUCAUUGAAAAUCAAAAAAAAAAGAAAAUAAAUAAAUUCAAACGCCCGCGAACACACGGCAACGUAAGCGGAGUCUCGUUGUUUUCUUUUUCUUUUUUCUGAUUUUUGGGCCCUGAGUUAGCCUAACUUUUAUCAAAUUUUUCGAAAUCCCUCCCCAAAAAACUCACCAAUCGCUUCUCUUUCUCAAAUCACACAAAAUUCCUCAAUCCUUCAAGUUUUCCACUUGCCCAUCAAUAUUUCGAGCUGAAAAUCAGAAAAUUUGAAUUUUUCAUGUACCAUUCGAGUUCUGCUAACUCCAUUUCUGUUUCUAUAGAUUUCUUCUGGGUCUCACAACAAUUUUCCACAGCUAUUUUUCAGAAAUCUUACAUAAACUCAAAAAUUUCAGUGUUUCUCUAGAAAAAACCCACCUUUUUCAAUAAUCCUCGGAUUUUCCAUUGGAAGCGAUAAUUGCAGACUUGUAGAACAUCUAAAAAUUCAAAUUUUGACUGAAAUCCACUGAUUUUCCCCGGAAACCUGAAAACCCAGCGAAGAAAAAAACGAAAAAUGAAAAAAAUAUUCUCGUGUUGCGCUAAACAGCGGGCAAACCGGAGUGUCGUUGGAAAUGUCAUUCAAAAAAUUUUCUAUUUUUUUUGAGAAAAAACGUUUCUUUCUCAAAAAACAAAGUUUUCUUUUUGCAGAUUCAUUGGUUGCGCGCACAGAAUUUCAAGAAAUCAACACAAUUCUAUGCGACACUGAAAAAUGUCUGAUUUGGAAGAAAAACAAGAUCAAAAAUCAAUCAGAGAAGUUUCCGUGCUAUGAUCAUAACAUUGUCAAAAACCCGAAUUCUCCCGAUGAUUAUAUCAAUGCGACAAGUUUGCAAGUUCCAAAUGUAUCUCGAAAUAUUCUAUUGGGACAAAUACCUCGAAAAGAUGUUGGCGGAUCGGUUGAAGAAUUUUGGAAGACAAUUUUCCAGGAGAACAUUAUGCUCAUGCAUAUUUUGGUUGGAAGUGAUGAAGUGGCUGAUUUCUUUCCACAACUCGCAAAUGCUUAUGAACAUUAUGGAAGUAUGUUUGUGAACAAUCGGAAAACUGAGAAAACCGAUGCGGAAAGUGUGAAAUUUUUGAUGGAAGUUUUGCCGACGGGGUUUUCAAACUCGAAUAUGAUUAAUAUUGUGAUGCAUUUGAAUUGGAAUCCGCAAAAUGUUCCGCCAAAGUUUAGCAAGACGCUGAAAUCGGCGAUUGAUGUUUUGAAUUUUGUGCAAAGUUCGGUGAGCCUUUUUUUUUAUUUUUGUGAGAUAAUUAGAAAAUAUUUUUAAACAAAAAAUCGCAUUCAGGCGAACUUUAUUAUCGAAAAUCUCAUCGGUACCACGCGCUCCACCGAAAUAAACACGCAACGCAGACCGCGUCGCGCCACAACACACACAAAAAAGGGAGGGAAUUUGAAUCGUUCCCUUAUUUGUGUGUGUUUUGGCGCGACGCGGUCUGCGUUGCGUGUUUAUUUCGGUGGAGCGCGUGGAGUACCGAUGAGAUUUUCGAUAAUACACGUAUUUUUUUUGGCCCUCGGUUCGCGGUUGGUAUACUGUAUUGCGUUGUGCAAACACGGUGACGCACAAAUGCACAAAAAUCUCUCGCGUCUCUCCAUUUUGCGCGCUAUUUUUCGAAAUUGGUCUCGCCACGCUCCACCAAAGCUUAUUUCCAUGCAGUUUUUCACGGCGAUAAAGAUGGUGUACUCAUAUUUUCAUUUGGUGCGCCGUUCUUGAGAUUUUGGUGGGAAAUUAAAGCAUGUCAGCGAACCGAGAUUUUUUGUUCAGCAAUAAAAUACUGAAAUCGAAGCGAUAAUGCUAUUUUCUGCCAAAAAAACCACCCUAUUUCCAGCCACCCGACGAAAAAUGCAUAAUAAUCUCAAAACACGGCGUCGGCCGCGCCGGUUUCUUCAUCUCCCUUUGCUCUGCCGUCAACUCUCUCAACAACAAAAUCGAGCCGAAAUUGGUGAAUAUUGUGAAAACUGUUCGAGAACAACGUCCGUAUGCAGUCGAAAGUUUCAAACAAUACACUUCGCUCUAUUUAUGCUUGGUUUAUUAUAUCAAGAAGAAAUUGAAUGAUCCGAAAUUGAAUCAGAAAACUGGAGAGAUCAAUGAGGCUUUCAAAUGUUUGCUGGAAGGCGCUGGAACUUCAAUGAUGCCACCAGUUCAACCCUGA